UUCCACUUCGCGGGAGAAGUUGUUGGCGCGAAUGGAUCCCGAGUCCCGGUAACGGAUUCUCCAGCCCACCGGCCUGCCCGCCCGCGCCGUAGUCCGUGGGCUGCGAUGGAUAUUCGGAAAUUCUUUGGGGUUAUACCAAGUGGAAAGAAACUUGUGACUGACACAGUGAAGAAGAAUGAGAAGACAAAGUCUGCUGAAGAAACUUUAAAAGCAAAGAAAGGAAUAAAGGAAAUCAAGGUAAAUAGUUCUUGUAAAGAAGAUGACUCUAAACAGAAGCAACCAAACAAGAAAAAGAGGAUCAUCUAUGAUUCAGACUCAGAAUCCGAGGAGACAGUGCAGGUAAAAAAUGCCAAAAAGCAACCAGAAAAACCUAAACCUGGUAAAAUUCUACGCCAGGAUCCUGUUACAUACAUUUCAGAAACAGAUGAAGAAGAUGACUUUAUGUGUAAGAAGGCAGCCUCUAAAUCAAAAGAGAAUGGAAGAUCUACAAAUAGUUACCUUGGAGCAUCGAAUAAGAAAAAGAAUGAAGAAAACACUAAGACCAAGAAUAAGCCUUUAUCACCAAUAAAACUUACCCCCACAUCAGUGCUUGAUUAUUUUGGAACCGGAAGUGUCCAACGAUCAGAUAAGAAGAUGGUAGCAAGCAAAAGAAAAGAGCCUUCACAAAAUGUGGAUGAUUCCAGAUUAAAUGAUGAAGCCAUCGCCAAGCAAUUGCAAUUUGAUGAAGAUGCAGAGCUGGAGCGACAGCUGCACGAAGAUGAAGAGUUUGCCAGAACGUUAGCCAUGCUGGAUGAAGAACCAAAGACCAAAAAGGCUCGAAAGGACCCAGAAGAAAGAGAAACAUUGUCAUCUGUCCAAGCCAAUUUAAGUAAAGCAGAAAAACAUAAAUCUCCUCAUAAAGCAAAAACAGAACAAUUUUCAGAUGACAGAAAGAACUGUAGUCCUAAGAAGCAAAGUAAAUGUGAAAGUUUGAAAGGAUCUCAGCAACAUUUGAAGUCCUCACCUCACAAAAUAGGGGAAACUUCUCCAAAAGCCAGUUCCAAGUUGGCCCUUUUGAAAAAAAAAGGAGAGAGUUCUUAUAAAGAAACAGAGCCUAUGGCUUCAAAAAGAAAAGAAAAUGCCAUUGAAUUGAAAGGACAGACAAAAACUCCUAAGAAAUCCAAAAGUUCUCCAGCUAAAAAAGAGUCUAUAAGUCCUGAAGAUUCUGAAAAGAGACGCACUAAUUAUCAAGCUUAUCGAAGCUACUUAAAUCGAGAAGGUCCCAAAGCUUUGGGCUCCAAAGAAAUACCAAAGGGAGCUGAAAAUUGCUUGGAAGGCCUUACAUUUGUAAUCACAGGAGUGCUGGAGUCCAUUGAACGAGAUGAGGCCAAGUCUUUAAUUGAGCGUUACGGGGGAAAAGUAACAGGAAAUGUCAGUAAGAAAACAAACUACCUUGUCAUGGGUCGUGAUAGUGGACAGUCCAAGAGUGAUAAGGCAGCAGCUUUGGGGACAAAUAUUAUUGAUGAAGAUGGCCUAUUGAAUCUGAUUCGAACUAUGCCAGGCAAGAAGUCCAAGUAUGAAAUUGCAGUUGAAGCUGAGAUGAAGAAAGAAAAGUGCAAAUUGGAAAGAACACCCCAAAAAAAUGACCAAGGAAAAAGAAAAAUUAGCCCAACUAAGAAGGAAUCAGAAUCUAAAAAAAGCAGACUGACUCCCAAAAGGGGCAGCUCUAUGAAGUCAAUAAAAAAGGAAACAAGUGCGAUUUGGAGAUCCCUGGACUUCGAGGAGCAGGUGGCUGAGGAGACAAAUGUGGACAGCCGGGCUAGGAAUUUGGCUGAUGACUGCAGUGAAAACAAAGUGGAAAAUUUGCUCUGGGUGGAUAAAUAUAAGCCAACCUCACUCAAGACCAUAAUCGGACAGCAAGGUGACCAGAGCUGUGCCAACAAACUCCUACGCUGGCUCCAAAACUGGCACAAGAGUCCAUCUGAAGAUAAGAAACGUGCAAAGUUUGGUAAGUUUGCUGGCAAAGAUGAUGGCUCUAGUUUCAAAGCGGCACUGCUCUCUGGCCCUCCAGGUGUGGGCAAGACAACCACAGCGUCUCUGGUUUGUCAGGAAUUAGGAUAUAGCUACGUGGAACUGAAUGCAAGUGACACUCGGAGUAAGAACAGUUUGAAGGAGAUUAUUGCUGAAUCACUGAAUAAUACCAGCAUCACGGGCUUUUAUUCAAGUGGAGGUGCCCAUUCAGUAAGCAUGAAACAUGCUGUCAUCAUGGAUGAAGUAGAUGGCAUGGCAGGCAAUGAGGACAGGGGAGGAAUUCAGGAAUUAAUUGGUUUGAUAAAACAUACAAAAAUUCCCAUUAUUUGUAUGUGCAAUGAUAGAAAUCAUCCCAAGAUUCGUUCUUUGGUUCAUUAUUGUUUUGAUCUUCGUUUUCAAAGACCUCGAGUUGAACAGAUUAAGGGUGCUAUGAUGUCUAUUGCAUUUAAAGAGGGUUUAAAGAUCCCCCCUCCAGCUAUGAAUGAAAUAAUUUUGGGAGCCAAUCAAGAUAUCAGACAGGUUUUACACAAUCUGAGUAUGUGGUGUGCACGAAGUAAGGCACUAACCUAUGACCAGGCCAAGGCUGAUUCUCAUAGAGCGAAAAAGGAUAUCAAACUGGGCCCAUUUGAUGUUGCCCGGAAAGUGUUUGCAGCUGGAGAGGAGACUGCUCAUAUGUCGCUUAUGGACAAGUCAGAUCUCUUUUUUCAUGAUUAUUCAAUAGCACCCCUCUUUGUCCAGGAGAACUACGUACAUGUGAAGCCUGUAGCUGCAGGGGGUGACAUGAAAAAGCACUUGAUGCUUUUAAGCAGAGCAGCAGAUAGCAUAUGUGAUGGUGACCUCGUGGACCGUCAGAUCCGGAGUAAGCAAAACUGGAGUCUUCUGCCCACGCAGGCCAUUUAUGCCAGUGUUCUUCCUGGAGAGUUAAUGAGGGGGUACAUGACCCAGUUUCCUACCUUCCCAAGCUGGUUGGGGAAGCACUCAUCUGCCGGCAAACACGAUCGUAUUGUACAGGACCUAGCACAGCACAUGGGUCUCAGAACUUAUUCCAGCAAAAGGACUGUAAACAUGGAUUAUCUGUCACAUAUAAGGGAUGCACUUGUACAGCCCUUGAUCUCCCAAGGGGUAGAAGGAGUACAGGAUGUUAUUGCUCUUAUGGACACAUACUACUUGAUGAAAGAAGACUUUGAGAAUAUCAUGGAAAUUAGCAGCUGGGGAGGCAAACCUAGUCUCUUCUCCAAGUUGGAUCCCAAGGUGAAAGCAGCGUUCACAAGAACCUACAAUAAGGAAGUCCACCUUACUCCAUAUUCACUCCAGGCAGUGAAGACACCCAGACACAGCACAGGCGCAUCACUGGAUUCUGAAUACAGUGAAGAGUUAAAUGAAGAUGACUCUCAAGCUGAUGAGAAAGACCAAGAUUCUGUGGAAACUGAUGCAAUGAUCAAGAAAAAGACAAAAUCUUCAAAGCCUUCAAAAUCAGAAAAAGAUAAGGAGUCCAGAAAAGGAAAAGGAAAAAGUUCAAAGAAAUGA